AUUGUAGAGUUUGAUGUGAGCGGCACUCACUCAGUGUUAGGGGUGAUAUGUGUUUGUGAAUGUCCAUUUUUCCUAUUCCUGGUUUUCAAUGAAUGAGAAUUUACUGAAGACUACCCCUAUUGAAAAUCGGUGCGCUCCCGAAAUGGAAGAAUCACAAAUUCAAAGCUUUUACAAACACAGGAAUGUUUUCAUCACUGGCGGCACAGGAUUUAUGGGAAAAGUACUUAUAGAAAAGUUGCUCAGGUCAACUGAAGUGUCGACGUUGUAUCUUUUGAUUAGAGAAAAGAAAGGGAAAAAUAUCCAUACAAGAAUUGACGAGAUCUUCGAUGAUGUAGUUUUUGACACUCUCAAAAGAGAAUGUCCAAAAUUCAAGCACAGAAUUGAAGCCAUUCCAGGAGACUGUUCAAUGUCGGGUUUGGGGAUCUGCAUGACAGACAGACAGACGCUGAUUUCGAAAAUUGAUAUAGUUUUUCACGUGGCGGCGACAGUGAAGUUCGAUGAAAGUUUGAAUCUUGCCUACACAAUAAACGUGAACGGAACCAAGGAAGUUGUAGAUUUCGCUAGACAAAUGAUGAAUUUAAAGUCUCUCAUAUAUGUAUCCACCGCAUACGCAAACUGUCCUCGUAGCGAGAUAGACGAAAAAGUAUACGACCACGUGAUUCGUUACGAAGAUGUUAAAGCUGUGUUAGAAAAACUAAAUAAAAGCGAGGUCGAAUUAUUAACUCCACGAAUACUUGGUGCAUGGCCCAACACUUAUACCUUUACAAAAUUCUUGGCAGAAUCACUAAUCAAAGACAUUGGUGGUGGAUUACCAAUAGGAAUAUUCAGACCAUCCAUCGUGAUAUCAACCUACAAAGAACCCUUGGAAGGUUGGAUCGACAACUUGUACGGCCCAACGGGAGUUAUCUUUCUGGAUUCAAUGAAAUUUACUCCUAUUAUUCUUGAUAAUGUAGACGUGUUUGGAAGAUUCCCAAAUUUUUUGUAUCGGUGCGUUCCCGAAAUGGAAGAAUCACAAAUUCAAAGCUUUUACAAACACCGGAAUGUUUUCAUCACUGGCGGCACAGGAUUUAUGGGAAAAGUGCUUAUAGAAAAGUUGCUCAGGUCAACUGAAGUGUCGACGUUGUAUCUUUUGAUUAGAGAAAAGAAAGGGAAAAAUAUCCAUACAAGAAUUGACGAAAUCUUCGAUGAUGUAGUUUUUGACACUCUCAAAAGAGAAUGUCCAAAAUUCAAGCACAGAAUUGAAGCCAUUCCAGGAGACUGUUCGAUGUCGGGUUUGGGGAUCUGCAUGACAGACAGACAGACGCUGAUUUCUAAAAUUGAUAUAGUUUUUCACGUGGCGGCGACGGUGAAGUUCGAUGAAAGUUUGAAUCUUGCCUACACAAUAAACGUGAACGGAACCAAGGAAGUUGUAGAUUUCGCUAGACAAAUGAUGAAUUUAAAGUCUCUCAUAUAUGUAUCCACCGCAUAUGCCAACUGUCCUCGGAGCGAGAUAGAUGAAAAAGUAUACGACCACGUGAUUCGUUACGAAGAUGUCAAAGCUGUGUUAGAAAAAUUAAAUAAAAGCGAGGCCGAAUUAUUAACCCCACGAAUACUUGGUGCAUGGCCCAACACUUAUACCUUUACCAAAUUCUUGGCAGAAUCGCUAAUCAAAGACAUUGGUGGUGGGUUACCAAUAGGAAUAUUCAGACCAUCUAUCGUGAUAUCAACCUACAAAGAACCCUUGGAAGGUUGGAUCGACAACUUGUACGGCCCAACGGGAGUUGCAGCAGGUGCAAUUUCAGGAGUACUUAGGGUUAUGCCCUGCGCCAGAGAAAGAACCUCAGACGUGGUGCCGGUUGACAGUUGCGUGGCGGGACUUAUCUCUGCCGCUUGGGACGUUUCUUCGAAAAACCCCGAAACAAAAACGUCCAAUCAACUGCUGGUGUACAACUAUGUUUCUUCGGCAGAAAAUCCGAUAACGUGGAGGGAAUUCAUAGAGCUGAACAUCAUCCAAGGUGAAAAAUUCCCCGUCUUGAACUCUCUGUGGGAAGCAUUCGUCAUAUUCACGCCUGAUCUUUAUUGGUAUUGGAUUUUGCGAUUUUUUUGUCAUACUCUGCCCGGAUUCCUCAUAGAUCUUGUUGCCAUAUUGACGGGGAACAAACCGAGAAUGAUGCAACUCUACAAAACUAUCCACAAAUUCGCAGACACCUUAUCAUACUUCGCCACUAGGAGUUUAAUAAGAUAUUCAUGUAAAUAUGAGGAAUAA